AUGGACACGCCACCGGCUGCCGCGGUGGUUCGAGCAGUGCCCUCGCACGGCGGGGUGGCCGCGUCUGUGGCAGCACCGUCCGCGUCGUCGCCCGACACAGUAUGGAACCUCCUGUGGUCGUCCCUCUGGCCCACCUCCCGCCCCACCCGCGGUAGCGGGCGAGGAGGAAGGGGAGGGCGUGCGAGGCAGCAGAGCCUGCUCCUCCCGCGUGCCCUCAAGACGGUGGUCACCACGCUCGACGACCCGCCGCCGCCGCCGGACCCCGCCACGACCACCACGACCACCACCUCCUCCACCACCUCCGCGUCCGCCUCGGCCUCGUCGGCUUCGUGGUUCAGCUGCAUUCAGCUGGCCCUGUGGGUAUGGCACAGGCCCUCGUCGACGGUGUCGGAGGACCUUCUGAUCACCUUUGCCCGCCACUCUCUCAGCGGGGAGCUGGGCGAGGAGGAGGAGGAACUCAACGAUCGCCUGGAGACCAAAUUCCACGUCUUCGCCGAGAUGGGGUACAUUAUGCUGGCGGUGAUAUUCACCGGUAAGAUGCGGGGCUCGGUGUCCAAGUUCUCGUUUUCCCUCCUUACUCCGCACUCGAAUCUCACACGCUACCUGCUGGUGCACCACAUCGUCGAGGACCGUCUGCUCCAGCUCGUCGCCUCCCUCCGCACCCUCAUGAUGCGCGUACUACUCCCCAUCCGUGGUCGAGAGGCGGAGCAGGUGCUGGGCAAGUUCUCCGCGCUGCUGCCCCAAUUCGUGUCGACAACCGAAGGUCUGUUCCGGUUGGGCCUGCGGCCCGCGGACCCCGCCCGCACCUUCUUCUGCAGGGACCACCCCCGAUUCGCAGCCUACGACCCCACCUUCCUCCACCGGGCAAUUACGUCGCACCUCGUGACCCAGCACCACACCGUUGUCAUGGGAAGCGACCUGGAACUGGUCAACGCUUGGGUGGACUCGCUCUCCCUGUUCCUCCGCAAGAGCGAACUGCGCCUCUCCGCCCGCGCGGGACCCGGCGCCGUCUUCGUGCCCGAUCUCGUCCUCCAAGGCCUGCCUCACCAAGAGUUGAAGGACGAGGCGGUGAUCUGGUGCCGCGGCCCGCUCACGGUGAUCGACCUGGACCAGGAGCGCGUGCGGCAAUCACUGCCGCGCCACCAGCACGCCGCCCUGCGCCGGGACUACUUCGACGCCCUCCGGUUCGGCCAGGGUCCCGCCCCGCUCGCCGCCUCGCCCACGCCCCUCGACAAACCGCGCCCGCUCCUCCCCGAGGAGGGGCUGCUGCGCGAUUUCGGCGGGGAGUGGUCGGGCUGGGUGGCCGAGGUCAUGGAGGAGGCCUGGCGCCUGCCGGUGUCGACACGGGAGGGCUUCGUGCGGCAGGCCAUGCGCAUCCUCACCCGACGCGCUGCGCUCCUCGUCAAAUACGUCGACUACCAACUGGCGAGGACCAGCUUCGUGGACAUGGGCCUGGUGCAGAGCAUGCGCGCGGAGCUGGAGCUGGAGCCCGAACAGGACUUCCUCGUGGUACUCGCCGUGGCCGAGCGGCUCUCGCCCGGCAUCUACACCACGCUCGUCGGCAACCCAGCCGCGCUCGAGGACAAGUUCAUCGAACUCUUCGAAAGUUUUUGA